AUGUAUUUGAAUAGCUGCUCCCGAUGCCGCCAGCACAAGAUCAAAUGCACUGGGGAAAGCCCAUGCAGUAAUUGUAUUCAACGUAACGCAACAUGUCACUUUGAAAAAGAAACCACAAAAGUUCAAAUCACCAGGAAGCGACUGGCAGAAUUGCACCACAGAAACCGUGAGCUGGAGAGGGAGAAUCUUGCUUUGCAGCAACGUCUGUCACGCACGAUCGAAACAAUCGCAACGCCGCAGUAUCCAGGAGAAGAUUCGCCGAUGAAUUCAACGACUCCCGCUGCUGCAGACCCUGAAUCGAUAUUGACCCACGAUGAACAUGAGAAUGUCAACAUGGUAAACCCUUUAUCCUCCGGGCCUCCUGAAUAUAUAACAGAUCCAACCGGAAGGCUCUAUUAUCUUGGACAUACUUCGACUUGGUCCCUGACUAUACGGCUCUUAAAUCUGACACACGAGGCUCUUUACAAAUGCCCUUUCCCCAGUACUGCUCACCACAUUGACUCUGUGAUCUAUGACUUAAAAUGGAACGGCAUGCGCAGUCAAGCGGUUCCCGAUAUCCGGGGCCUUCCUGCGAUCGAUCAUGCGCUAUUUCUUAUUAACGCAACUAAGUUCCAUACUGGAGAAAUAUUCCAUUUAUUCGAUGAAACCAAAUUCAUGGAUCAACUAUAUCGCUUCUAUGAGAACCCGGUGGAGAACGUGCAUACGGCGGGAUUGUGGCUUCCGCACUUCCUAGUCAUCAUUGCUCUUGGCAAGGCAUUUGUGGGAGCGCAAACCCGCGGGAAUGUGCCACCCGGCUGUGAGUAUUUCAGGGCUGCUCUUAUGAUGCUCCCAGACUAUAGCCUUUUGUGGAAGGAGCCUUCCACCUCCGCAGAGAUUCUCUGUGCAUUCGCUUUGUACUUGCAGUCUAUAGAUUGGAGAACCUCCGCACACAACAUGCAAUUGCUUACCUUGCUUGGCCUGGUCCGGAAUAUUCAGAUUGGACAAGCGCUGCGAAUAUUACAGGUUCAUGGUUACCACACCGAUCUUUCCACCCGAUUCCCUAAUGAACAAGAAUUGGUGCGAUGUCAGCACAUCUGGUGGACUGUAUAUAUCCUCGAGCGCCAGAUCUCCGUGCUUAUGGGUACGCCUCUUAGCAUUAGCGACAAUGACAUCAAUACCCCAUUACCUUUGUUUGCGGAUUCACCUCUGAAAACAACAACCCUCCUCAUUCAUGUCAAGUUGUCGAAGGCCUUUAGCCGCAUUGUGAAUGCUCUCUAUAGGGAUGCUGGGGAGAUGGAAUCCACAUUUGUGAAAAGCACACAGGAAGUCUUACAAAGAGUUGCGGACGUGGCCUGUGAGCUUCGGGAAAACUUCCCGGUACCUGACCAAGGAGCUCUGAGCGGCAUCUCUCGAGUAUCCGGAUACUUGAAUUUGUUAUACCACCAGUGUAUCAUGCUCGCUACUCGGCCGUUUUUGUUCAUUCUGGUUGAAAUGCGUGCCAAAGGGACAGACCCUCAGACCGAAGUUCCCACGCCUAUUCAAUUACUUCUACAAAUAUGUCUCGAAUCAGCAAAGAAAACCUCACAAAUCUUGGGGUUUUUGCAAGACCAAAAUCUGUUAGAGUGCUUUUUGCCGUUCGAUCUGGAAAGCGCCGUCUCCGCCGGCCUUGUUGUCACUAUGGCUUCACUAGUCGACCUUCCAUUGAUUGCAAACCGAACGUCAUAUCUUGACAUUUUGCUCUCUGUUUUAGAUCAGAUGAUUGAUCAUGGAAACUUGAUAGCCCUUGAUAAAAAGAGGAAAAUCCUUCAGCUCGAAAGUCUUUGUGUAAACCUGAAAGAUUCCCCAUUGUCAUCUCUGAUCAAUGCCUCAGAUCUUUUGCAGCUCGAACAACGAAAUUCGCAAGACGACAAUUUGGAACCGAGGAUAUCGAGUGAUGGACGUAAUUCCUAUUUAAGACAAAGCAUCCAUGCUGAGGGCCCGAGAGAAGAUUGUGAAGAAGAAGAACAAGAAGACCUAGCUACCGAUCCAUACCGGUGGGCUAACGACAUUUCACCCUCUCGGUUGCUAGAAGCUGCCAACAUGCUGGAAGGUGGGAGCUUACUGGAUUGGGUCGACCUGCCCAGUAGUAGCUUCUUAUUCGGGUUUGUUGGAGGGGAGUGA